AAAAUCAGAGAGGGAGAGGGACAGGCCGAGAGAACAUUUUGCAGCAGCGAUUUCUUCUCUCCCGACUCUGGUAUGUUCUUCCUUCGAUCCACAUCUCGUGACUGCUCCCUCUCCCAAAUUCUAUUUCCAAUUCUGUCCUUUUGGGUCCCAUUUAUUUCCAUAUCUGCCCCGGGUUCUUGAUUUUUCUGGUCUUCUUUUUCUCUGAUCUGGGGUUUUGAUGAUUUCACCUUUUUCCAAGUGAGAUUUCAUGCUCAUGAUGUGUUUGUGAAAAUGCCAUUGUUCUUUUGACUGGGUAAAGUGAAAAGAAGGAGAUGUAUGAUUGUGAUUGUAUCUCCAUUGAAGGGCAUUCUUGUAGUUUGUGAAGGGCAUUUCUGGUAGGAACAAUGCCAAUGUUUCAGUUGCCUGCUUGGAGGAAAGAUGGGGUUGGUGGGCAUGCCUUAGAUCUUGAGAUUUCAACUAAGGAUGGGAUUGUGGGAAGUGGGUUUGAGAGAUCUGAUCUGAAGAAGAUGAUUGAUGAGCUUGAUCUGGUUGAUAUCCCAUCUGUCUUCAUCUGCCCCAUCUCACUGGACCCCAUGCUCGAUCCUGUGACCCUUUGCACUGGCCAGACCUAUGAGAGAUCUAACAUACUCAGAUGGUUCUCACUCGGCCACCUCACAUGCCCCACCACCAUGCAGGAGCUCUGGGAUGACUCAAUCACACCCAACAAGACCCUUUACCAUCUGAUCUACGGCUGGUUUUCACAGCGGUAUCUGCAGAUGAAGAAGCGGUCGGAGGAUGUCCAAGGGAGGGUGAUUGAAAUUUUGGAUACCCUCAAGAAGGUUAAGGGCCAGGCUAGGAUCCAAGCUCUCAAGGAGCUUCAGCGUGUCGUGGCGAGUCAUGAAUCAGCGAAGAAGACGGUUGUGGAUGAAGGUGGGGUUGGAUUGAUUUCAUCGCUUUUGGGUCCGUUCACUUCACAUGCUGUUGGGUCCGAGGUGGUUGGCAUCUUGGUGAAUUUGUCGCUUGAUUCAGAAUCGAAAACGAAUUUGAUGCAGCCUGCGAAGAUAUCAUUGAUGGUGGAUAUGUUGAAUGAGGGGACGGUUGACACCAAGAUCAAUUGCACGAGGCUCAUUGAGGUGCUGAUGGACGGCGAGAAUUUCCGAUCGGAGAUCAUCUCUAGCUUGAGCCUUUUGGUGGGGUUGUUGAGGCUGGUGAAGGAUAAGCGGCAACCUGAUGGAGCAUCCACCGGGCUUAGCUUGCUCAAGACAAUAUGUCUGUUUAAGGAGGUUCAGAGCUCAGUUGUGAGUAUUGGAGCAGUCCCGCAGCUGGUUGAGCUGUUGCCGAGUUUGAAUCCUGAUUGCUUGAAUUCUGCUUUGUUUAUCCUGGACAUUCUAGCCACCCUGCCAGAAGGGCGGGCUGCUUUGAAGGAUUGCCCGAACACUAUUCCAAACAUGGUGAGGUUGUUGAUGCGGGUUUCUGAGAGUUGCACUCAAUAUGCAUUGUCAAUUUUGUGGGCCGUGUGUAAGCUUGCGCCGGACGAAUGUGCUUCGCUUGCCGUGGAGGCGGGUUUGGCAGCGAAGCUUCUUCUUGUCAUACAGAGUGGUUGCAAUCCAACCUUGAAGCAACGGUCAGCGGAGCUCUUGAAGUUGUGUAGUCUUAAUUACACUGCCACCAUUUUCAUUUCAAAGUGCAAGCUUACAAGAACAAUCCAAUGAAAGGAAGAUGACUGGCUGGGUCCUUUUCAUCCCAUCACCCAUGGGAGUAAAGGAGUUGAUGGGGCCUGCCUGAUUCCUGAGAAAUUACGAUGGGGAGAGAGUUUAGAGCCGAUUGAUGAUCAGAAAGGGCCUGCAAGGGCCUGCAGAGAUGGCCGCUUAUUGUUAGGUACUGAGCUCUCUUCUCCUGUGUAUACUAAAACUUGCAAAUCUCUUUUCCAUUGAUAUGCAUACAGGAAGAACCAUCAUAGUAUAGAUUUAGGCUUCUCCUUUUACAAUGAUGUGAAAUCCUGGAGUGGAUUUGUAUCCACCGCCCGAUUGCCUGCCCUGUGGAAUUCUUCUUAAUAAGUCAGCAAAUUUCCAAAUCGGGCCAGUUUUGUUUUGCAAAAGAAAAGAGAAAUAGAAGAAGCUAAAAAAGCCCACAAGAUUGCAUCUCUGUUGCUUGAGCAUGUAAAUCUUUUCAUGUAAUGGAGAGUUGAAUUGAAUGUGAGACUGCAGGUUAUCCUGCUUGAAAUUUCAA